AUGGCGAGUAAGAUUUUGCGUCUGGGCACAAAGCUGCUGAAAACCGCCAGGAGUCGUCUUAGUCCAAUAUCUCAAGCGACUCCGGCAAAACGAAACUAUUUGGGCUCACGUCAGAAAUUGGGAACUCUUGGUGCGGUUGUCGGCGGUGCCGGCUUGUUGAUGUACGCGUUGGAUGCAAGUGUUGAGGCUUCGGGCGGCGAGGUGCACCCACCGAAGCAAAUGUGGGGCCAUCGAGGAUUGUUGUCAGCCCUGGACAAGGAGGGAGUGCGUCGUGGCUACCAGGUGUAUAAAGAAGUCUGCUCUUCUUGCCAUUCGUUGCAGUACAUAGCAUACCGUAAUUUGGUGGGCGUUUGCAUGACCGAGGCAGAAGCUAAGGCCGAGGCGGAGCAGAUAACUGUGAAGGACGGACCCGACGAGGAGGGUAACUUUUUUGAUCGACCUGGCAAGUUGUCGGACCACUUUCCCUCACCGUAUGCCAACGAGGAUGCAGCGCGCUCGGCCAACAAUGGCUCCUAUCCUCCCGAUCUCAGCUAUAUUGUGAAUGCGCGGAAGGGUGGCGAGGAUUACAUUUUUGCUCUGUUGACGGGCUACUGUGAACCGCCUGCCGGCAUGGCGCUACGUGAUGGACAAUACUUCAAUCCAUACUUUCCUGGCGGCGCUAUUUCAAUGGGUCAGGUGAUUACCAACGAAGUGGUGUCAUAUGCUGACGAGGAGGUCGCUGCAUCUGCUAGUCAGAUAGCUAAGGAUGUUGUGACUUUCCUGAAGUGGACCUCGGAACCGGAUGGCGAUGAGCGUAAGCUUCUACUGAUCAAGGUGGUCAUGAUUUCGGCAUUUUUAACUGGCAUUAGCUACUACGUCAAGCGUUUCAAGUGGUCGGUGCUGAAGUCGCGGAAGAUCGUCUACGUGCCGCCCGGUGGAGGAACUGCUAAUGGCAAAGUGAAGCCCCCUAAAGAUGAGUGUUAAGGCUCGCAACAUUUUGUAGUUUUGUAAUUGCUGGAAAGCACGGAAAUAAAUACGUUAAGAAAGA